CUCUCCCCUUCUCUUUGUAGAUUUCGUGUUUGUGUUAGGGUUUGGGAUUUUUUUGCUUUUCGGUUGGUUUCCGGGCAAUUGGGACCAAAAUUAUAAGCUAUGUUUGAAACUCGUUCGUGGAUGGGAAGUGAAAGGAAAAGAAAAUGGAGGGUUUGAAGCCAAAUUCAUUUUCUGCUUGGAUGGGUUUAAAGACAAAUUUUAGGUUUGAUUAUCCACCAAAAAUGCAUACAUAUGAUAUAAGUUGUCCUGAUUUCCUUCUGUUGUUGGUUGAACACAACAAUGAAUUUAUUUGUCGGAGAAUUUGUCUUCAAUCUACUAAAAUUCUACCAAAAAAAAAAAAGAUCCAGUCAGGGCCCCAGGGCAUUCUCUAUACAAACGCUGCAAUGCUUAAUUCAGCUUUAUAAUCUCAAUUGCAGAGCUCUUGAAUAAGUAGAAAUGGCUUACUUGGGAGAAUAGGUUCUCUAUUUAUAGCUAAGGUAGGCAGGAAGUUGAUGCGAACACUGAUCAAGAUCCGGCCCAAGCCAAGGCCGAGCUGACCACGCCGGAAUAGUAGUACCACAACGCCAACAUUCGGCCAUUGAAGUUUGCUCUUUCAAGGGUUUAUUUUGGUGUGUUUUUUCACACACGCGCUACACGCUGCGUCAGGUGAUAUCAGAGCGGUUUAUCAACCAAUCAAAUGGUCAAUCUUGAAGGUAACGGUAGCAACUAGCCUCGUGAUGGUGGUCGGGGGCUGCCCACGGUUUGAAGAGCAAUCAAAGAACAACGGGAAAUAACUCGUACAAUGGAGCAGCAAUUGGAGCGAAUCUACAACCAAUUGGGCGUUUUACAAUGAGUUAAGGAUAAUCGGAACUGGACUAAUGGCGUGAAUCAAGCCGGCUAUGUUAAACUGGGAAGACUAGCCAUUAAUCCUGUCCUUAUUAAUCCUAAAAGACCAAUGAUGGAUGAUAGCGACGAUGACGAUGAUUUUGGUCAUAUGAUAGCCAACCCUAGUGGUAAAGGGGUUAGGAGGAAUGCGCAACAACACAACCAUUGGGGAAAUCAUGAGUAUAAAUUAAAUAAUGGAUUUUCGGUGAGUUUGGAGCUUGAUCUCGAACAUUAUGUUGUCACAGCAACCUCCACGUUUGCAAACUCAAGUUUGGUUUAUGUUGCUAACAUGACAGAAAUUCCAAGGUUGUUGACUCAUACUAGGAUAUUUUCCAGUCCCGAGGGCUCAGGCAUUGCUUCGCUAUUCAAGGAUGGUGGUGUUUCUUCUGAUCGAUGUGCGACUGUAAAGGAGAUGGAGGCCAUGGUAGUAGAUUCUUUUACAGUUUAUUCAGGCUCUGGCAUGGUUGAAUCGAAGGUAGUAGGAACAUAUUCACCUUUGCGAUUGCAAAAACAAAAUGAUCACAGGGGUCUCUAUGUGGAAAGGGGUGUUGGAUCUCCCAUGAUAGUUAACUCAGGUAGUGCAACUGCUUUCAGUAUUAAUUUGAAAUUAGAUUCUGAAACUAAGAAUACUGUAGUAGCUGUUGCUAUAGCUGAUCAAGUGCUUAGACCAAAGGAAGAUUUAAGCAUCAAUAUUUUAAGUGAUGGAGAGACUGUUGGUAGUCAUGGAAUAAGCCUUUAUUUGAAACAGUUGCAAAAGAAUGCUUCUCCAGGCAAGAAAAAUCUACAGAUGAAUUCGGAAGCUGUUGAGAAGUUAAAAUCAAAAAGGCUGAUGAAAGGAGAAGGACCUAUGAUAAGAUCUACCAGAUUAGAGAAGCGUUCAAGAUAGAAUGUUCAACGUUCUCAAUCUAACAGUAAUAAUACAAUGGAGGUAGAGGGCAACAAACACGGCGAUGGUUGGACCCAUGCCAACAUAGAUAUGGCUAAGAAGGGGAGGAAUGUCUUUGCUCAUGUUCCCUUAGUAGAAAAGUUCAAGCGGUUUAGGAAGAUGUCAAGCAAAAAUUGCACAAAUAAGAAGUAUAAGGCGACAACUGACAAGCAUAGAAAGCACAAGAUAUUUGAGAUUGGAGAUAAAGUCAGGAUAUUCUUGAAGAAGGAACGGAUUCCAGCAGGACAACAGAACAAGCUCGAGCCAAAGAAAUAUGGUCCUUACAAGAUUACAAAGAAGAUCAAUGAUAAUGCUUAUGUUGUGGAUUUGCCUAAUCAUAUUGGUAUUUUCAAAACAUUCAAUGUUGCUGAUAUUUCUUUGUAUUUGCCAGAUGUUGAGUUAUUAUACCCGGAUCAUAAUUUGAGAAUGAAUUCUUCUCAAGUGGAGGUGAAUGAUGUGGACACUGAUCAAGACCCAGCCCAAGCCAAGGCCGACCCGACCACGACGGAAUAGUAGCACUAGAACAGUAUUUUAAUACUUCAUAUGUUUUAGGAUUCUACUUCAUUUUUUACUUGAUUUAGGAUUCUAUUUCAUGUUUGAUUAGGAUUUAUUUCUAUUAGGAUUCUAGUUGGAUUUUUUUUACAAAUAUUAGAUGGAUUUGGAUUAGCCAAAUACUAUAAAUAUGCCUAAGAUCUAGAGUUUGUAAUCAAGUUUUUCUCAAUCAAAUUUCAGCAACCUAUUUGGAUUUUCUUAGAAAAACAGUCUUGUUUUUGCGUCUUCUUGAAAGCCAAGCGUCGGCCAUUGAACUUUGCUUUUUCAAGGGUUUAUUUUGGUGUGUUUUUUCACGCAUGCACUACACGUUGUGUCAGAAGUGAUAAGGAUUCCUAAUUUUUUGGGAUUGGCACAGAUCUCAUUAAUCUUUAUUCAUCAUACAAUUUUCGGAUAAGAUCUUGAAGGUAUGUUCGUAUGUCUCUAUUAGGAGAAUACCCUGUGAGAGGCCCUAACUCUCCUGGAGCUUCUUGGUCCUCCCUCGCAGGAGUCUACCGAAAGGGUCUCCUAGGGACUUUUUAUUCGAGAGGGUCUCUCGUGCCCCUUUUGUGCAGGUUUUUCAUUUCUUUAUUCGUUAUGCUUCAUUCUUAGCUUUUGGGCUUAACCUUUGUGGGAUUCGUAAAUGGGCUUAGGCCCUUGUGCACAUCAAUUACUCCCUACUUUUUCUCCAGGGUCUUUUGGAGUGAAAAAUGUUAACUUGUCAGCCUAUUGUCCUAGGGUGAAUUUUUUUACCAGUAGUAACUUUUCUUAGUGGGAUUCACCCCACUAAAUCUUUUUGUCUUGGUUAAUCCAACGAUUGUGGUCUCUCUGAGACUUCCCAUUGGUCAACCCGAAUUGUCGCACCUUCUACUGUUUCACCUCCCGAGGACUCCCCAUAAAGGGGGGACCUGUCAUUUUUCUUUUUUCACCUUUCAUCUAGGUGAAUUCUUCAAAUUUCUUUAGGUUUUUCAAAAAUUUUCCUUGUAUUCUCACGAAUCUCCUGCAUACUCUCUUGGUCUUUCACAGAGUCUCUUGAUUUUUGUAUCUUUUCGAUGAGUUCUUUUAUUUGAGUGAUAGUAAGAAUGAAACAAACUUGAAGGCCUGCCUCUCCUCAAGAGAAAACGGCUAAUUCUAGGUAAUAUCUCCCCCCACUUGAUUGAACCUACAAGGAGUGAUCACAAUAACACAAGAAGCACCACAAUACACUAAUUAUAAUAAUAAAUGAUGCAAGAACUAUCAAUCACACACUUGAUACACAAAUUUUACAUGGAAAAUCCUUCCAACGUGAAAGGGGAAAGCCAUGAGACCCAAUGAUCCACUCCAAAAUCUCCACUAUGAGCAAGAGACAAUUACAACCGCAAGUCCAAUGGUAGCAAUAGGUACAUAACCACAAUUCAGUCAACUAAUUUGAACAAUUUCAAAGUAAUAACAAAGAUUAUGAAAAAUAUCACCAAAAAAGGCUGCUGAUCAAGAAUGCAAAACAAAAGAUGUAUUGCACAAAUAGUCGAUCCAAAUGUUCAGAUCAAAGUCCAACUCAUCCACUGCCUACUGACCAAAAAUCAGCACAAUCAAACCACAAAUGACCCUCCAGUCGUUAGGAUGAUGAAAACUGGGCACUACAAUUUUAACCAGAAAAUUCUGACAUCAAACCCCUCCAUUCAGUGACCAAUAACCAGAGCUGCAGACCUCAACUUGUCUAUCUGACCAUCUGGAAUGAAGAACAAUAUGUCCUCUCAUUGCAGACCAGUUGACCAAAAAUCAGCAAAUGAUGCUUUAAUCAUCAACUGGAUCAAGACCCUGCACUCCCUCUCAAACUGAUUUCUCCUUCUUUUUAUUUUUUUCAAAAAAAAAAAAAAAAACAGCCGGCACUGGCACUGGCACCAGCACCGGUACCCUUUUGUUUUUAACCUAACAGAUGAAAGAAAAGUAAGAAACCCUUGUGGGCCUCUUGCUCAUGAGACAAAGUCUUUAGGCUUUUAUCACAUAGGAAGGGACCCAAAAAAACCCAAUGGAGAUUAUGAUACUUUCAACUUCCUCUGGAAUUGAAGCACUCUCCACAUGCCUAUAGGUAGCUCAGUAGCAAUGUAGUCACUGAUGGUCUCUCUUGUGCCUAUGGAUUUUUGUGCAUUUUUGUUCAUACCUGUAGGUUCUGAUGUUUUUUAACCUAUUUUGUGCUAGUGUACCUGAUGUGAUGUAAAAGUAAAGUAAAUAAAUAAAUUAAAUGGCUUAGAAUACAUUAAGUUUUUUUGCAUAAUUUGUCGACGGCAGGACAAAUCAUUUGCAGUUUUGUUCAUUUUUCUGAUUUCCUGAUGAUAAAUUGCCUGUUUAUCUUAUCAACUUGUCUGGAUAUUUAUAUUGUUAUCCUUCUCUGUCAUCCAAUCAAGUUGUGAGUUUUUGAGUCUGGACAAUCUGGACUCCAAACAUCAUUUGAAUUGCAUUCAUGCAUUAGCAAUAACCUGUAGGUGGGAAUUCGCAGUGUUAUAAUGCAUAUGAGAACAUAUGCAACAGGAGAAACUCUUGACCAAUUGCUCAGUGGAAGAGAUAACUUUCCUGGUUGGUCACCUCAUUUGAAUUUUUGCAAUUGGCCAAGUUCCAAAGUUAUGCCAAAGUAUGGAGGGGGGUGUUUUGAGUCUAGAGAUUAUCUGAUCACUGAAUGUUGGCUCACUCAAAUUUGUUAGUGUCAUGAUGUCAUCCCUGCUGUCAGAUGAAAGCUUUGUUUAAAGUCAUUUUCUGCCUGACUAAAGUUUGAUCCUUGCUAAAUAUGGGAUAUACAGUGUUAAUCCUCAUUAGAAGGCUGGAGCCAUAGUUAAUAUUUGUCAAUUUUCUGUAUACCUUCCAGUUUAUAGCAAUUGCAUUUUUUGUAUUGGGAUCCUUGUAAACUAUGCGGAUGAGUAAAAAAAAAAGGGUUUUCCUGGUACUCCUCCUAGUGGGGUUAAGGUUUAUGAUUGUUGUUAUUGUUAUUGUUAUAUAUUUAACUUAUUCCUGAUUAACCCACUUAAAUUGGCAAUUAUCCCCCUGAACCCGCCAAGAGAGAGAGAGCUGUGAUCAUGAUCAAGGGGGAAAAAAAUCAUUAUCAGCUGCAAUGUCUUUGGGUGGCCCCCUAUUUCUUUAGGUGGUUCCAGCUGUUUAAGUCUCUUCACUUUAUGGAAUAUGUUCUUUCUUUUUGUCUGUGAAUAUGUUUUGCUGAGUCACAAUUUGCAAUGUGAAAGUGAAAAUUACGGUUGAAAUUUAAUCUCCGUUACAUUUUUUAGAUUCAUUGCUUGUAUAAAGAAAUUAUUUGAUGAAGGGGAAGAAAGAAAUUGAUUACACUUGUGGUGGUGGUGCAACAUAAAAUCCAUAUACACCAUGCAAUUCGAUUCUCUGUAAUGUUACUUUUAUUGAAUUGGUUGUUGAGUUCUCCUUGCCAUUUACUCUG